CAACCGUAAGUGACGAGUACCAGCAAAUUUCUAAGAAAUUUGCUUAGUUCUUAAGCUUCGUGUGUGUGAGUGUGUGUGUGCGUGUGUGUGGGUGUGUGAGUGUGUGUGUGUGGGUGUGUGAGUGUGUGUGUGUGAGCCCGUGUUUGCAUCACAGGGUCCUCCUCCAUCACUCCUCCUCCUUCUUCUCAUCCUCAUCCUCAUCCUGCUGCUGCUCCUUCUUCCUCCACAUCGCAGCCAUGGUGGACUCUCCCAGCGCCAUGAAGAAAACCUUCGCGGUGCCGGAGAUCAAGCCGCUGGACAAGUACGACUCCGCCCGGGCCAGGAUGAGCGCCAGCGUCCGGUGGCUGCUGUCCAAGUCGUACGGUUCCGCAGAAAACGUCCCGGUGGAGCUCCGGGAGCCGCUGUACAGGGACCAGUAUGAAGAAGAGUACCUGAAGCCGUCCGUCGCCAAGCUGCUCCUCUCCCCGGAGAUCUACUGUCGAACCCAGGCCCUGCUGGCUCAGGGACACAAGGGCCCCGCUCCGGCGCCGCAGGGGCCCCCGACCGACAACUCGGCUUUGCUGCAGUUCCUCACCAAGAAAGGGUUCUGCCCAAAGGUGCGGGAGGCCGACGUCACCGAGGAGGACCUGAGCAAGAACCCCAUCAACACGAAAGCGCAUCUGGCCCUCAUCGACUCGCUGAUGUCACUGUCCGCCAAAGAGGCGACCGAGCAGGUCAAGAUGGCGGCCGAGGCGGAGCAGAUCGGCGUUGGGGCGCCGUGGGAGAACGCUCUCCUGUUCUGGGUCAACCGGUUGAACCAGAAGUUAAGAGAAAGCACCGAGGAAGAGGAGCUUCCCAAGUCACAAACGUGCACCGAUCUGCAGCCUGUUCAAGAAUCGUGUCAGUCCAACCGCUGGUACUGGAAACUAGUCCCCCAUGCGAUCGCUUUUUGUUUGAAGGAGUCGGGGAAUAAGCCUCCUGUGAUUCGCUAUAGAAAGGACAAAGUGCAGUCCAAGCUGACUCCCACUUUCCCCUUGGUUUCUGCGGUCAAAGAUCUGUCUAACGGCUGCGCCAUAGCUGCUGUUCUGCACUAUUACUGCCCCGGCCUGCUACCUCUAGAGGAUGUUUGUCUGAAGGACACCAUGUCUGUGGCCGACAGCGUCUACAACCUACAGCUGAUCAAGGAGUUUUGUGAGAGCAACUUACAGAGCUGCUGCCCCCUGGCUGUGGAGGACCUGCUGUACGCUCCACCAGCUCUGCACCUGAAUAUGAUGAGCUUCAUAGCGGAGCUGCUGGAGUGGUUUGAGGUCAAGAAGCCUGAUUUUGUGAAGCCCAUCCAACCCAUUGACCUCACAGACGUCUCAGGAUUACUUGGCUGUGCAAGUCCUGUCAGCGGGAACAGCAACAGUGGCUCCCCAUCGUUCAUCUUCAAACAGCCUUUUGUGCCCAUCUCCUCCCCAAUGUCUCCAGAAAACAAGAGCUGGACAAAGAAACAAAUCAGUCGUCCUCUGUCAGCAGUGACUUUCAGCAUCCCAUUCGGCCUGGACAGUGAUGUUGACAUUGUCAUGGGAAACCCAAUAGAUUCUGUCUUUCGCUCUGUCAGCACCGACAACCUCGCCACGGGCAUCCCGGCUCUGAGCUCACCGGCAGCGGCAGCAGGGAUGACUCGCGUCCCCUUCAGCCCCCCGGAGGACCUGAGCCACCUGGUCAGCGCCUCGGCCCCAUCGCAGCGUUCCUCCUGGGUCCCCUAUGCACAAACGGCACCGUUAGGAGAGCUGCCGACCAUCGAGGAGGCCCGGCAGGUGGUUCACAAACCCGGUGGCAAAGACAGAAAGAAGGGAAGAUCGACAGAGAAGAGUGGACGAGAUGGGCUCACAAGCCGGCCGGAGCCAAGGCUGUGUCCAGAGGGAGCUCCUGCAGGGUUCUUUCUGCACUCCCCUGAAGUGGACGGUCCCCUGCUCAGCAGCUCGGCUCCCUGUCGCUCUGGCAUUCAGUACCGACCGGUCAGAGGGGAUGCCGGGAGUGCUGAACGGCAAGGUCGGAGAGAGAGAUCAAGAAAGCACUCUGACAUGUCGCGUGACGACGACUCCGUCUUGAGAGAUGGCAGCAUUGACUCAUCCGAAGCAUCAGAUGACGCUACCAGAAACGCCCCUGGGAAUAUUCGGCCGUCUGCUGGCAGGGAGAGUCACAACAGCAGCAGCCCACGCAUGACGAGCUUCGCCGAGCGCCGGGACAACAAACGGAGACACCCCACCACACCCGGGGAAGAGUUGACUUCCGCUCCGACCCCAACGACCCCGACCCCAGGCACGCCACACACUCCCUCCACGCCAGUGUCCAGUCAGCAGGGGAGUCCGGGUCUCCGAGGGCCAGAGCCGGGCUCUGAAGCCUGGGAGCUGGGUGCCCGACUUGAAGAGAAGCGCAAAAAUAUCGAGGCCCAAAAGCGACGCAUCGAAGCUAUUUUUGCGAGGCACAGGCAGAGACUGGGAAAAAAUGCUUUCCUUCAGCUGAAAAGAGAGCAAGGCGAGGGGGGAGUGGAGGGCACAGAGGAGGAUGGCUUGACCCUUGAGGAGCGUCUGACUCGAAUGGAGGAGCAACUGAAACAGGAGGAGGAGAAGGAGACGGAGAAAGACAAGCCGCCUGUUUCCAACCCUCCUCGUUUGGAGAAACAGGUCACCUUCUCUGUGGACAGUAAGAAAGCAGGCGAGAAAGAAAAAGGAGCAGAGAUGGGAGAAAAAAAAGGAACGGAGAAAGGAGGGGAAGGUGUCAUCGUGGAAUACAAUGAGGUGGUGCAGAAGUUGAGUGAGGCCCUGCAGUCUCUCCAAAAAGACAUGCAAAAACUAACGGAACAGCAGCAGCAGCUCAUGAGCAACCAAAGGCCUAGGAAUACGCCCAAAACCGCCCCAAGAAGUAGUUCCAAAACUCCUCCUCACACUCCAACAAAGACACCACCCAGAACACCGACCAGGACCCCCUCCAGGAGCGCCACUAAGGCCUGGGUGAUCCCUGCUGCUUCCAACACCCCGCCUGCCUCCUCCCCAUCCCGCCGCUCCCACCUGCCUUCCUCCUCCGCCUCUCCCAAAGCAGUCAUCUCCAGCUCCUGCCCAGCUCCUCGAACUAAGCUCCACUCCUCCUCCUCUUCCCCUCGCAGCCCCAAACACAACACCCGUCCCCACCACCACCAGCCCCACCCACGGCCCUCUGAGCUCAAGUUCCCUCCGCUCAACCGCGUUUUGACGCCCACCCAAAACGUGGACACCAUCCCGCACCUGCGCCGCGUCUCUCCUAGCAAGUGUCAAGUCCAGACAUCGUCUUCCUUCCGCAUCGGCGGACCUCGGACCCCUCAGGAGCCUCCCCUGCCCAUUCAGCAGCCGCCGCCGCCGCCUGACGAGAGCACCUCAGACACAGGCUCGAGUGAGACGCCCACCCAGUUCAGCCUGGAGCUGGAACAGGAGGACUCAGAGUCCAUCGGGGCACUGCCGGUCUUGCCUCAGUUCAGACAAGAGAGGCCGAGGGCCGCCGGAGGCAGCAGCUCCGGCGCUCCUUCUGAGUGCUCGUUUGAGAGCGACACGCUGUCCCUUUCUGCCGCGUUCAGCACAGGAGGUGAAGGAGAAAGAGACGACGGUCCUCGGCAGCCCUGCCCGAUUGCGGUGUCCCUUUCAUCUGUUGGAGGGCCAGAGGUGGGCAGCGACGAACCGACUGAUGAGGGCCAGGAGUUUUCCUCUGAUUCCAUGAGCGACCACACAGAGUCUGCUACCGAGGCUGCAGGAGGACCAGCUCCUCAACAGCAAGGCGCAACAAACCCACUUCAUGGAGCCACAGAGGGCAGCGACAGGCCGGAAGCGCAAACGGAACCGGUAGAGGAGCACAGCGGAUUCACCGAGGCAGCAGAACCACGUGGGGAAAAGAAAGAACACGGGACAAGAGGAGGAGUCGGGUUCUUCUUCAAGGAGGACGUGCACAGCGAGGGGGAGAUGGCUCAGCGGAGAGCUCUGCUGUUAGAGAGACAACAGAAGAGAACAGAGGAGCUGAGACGGAGGAGACAAUGGCAUGAGCGGGAGAGAGAAACCAGACCGGCGUCCUCUGAAAGAAGAGCGCCGUCGCCCGCCAACACCUCGCCGUCCCCCACCCCGCCCGCCACCCCGGCACGCCGCGGCGACUUCACACGAGGGGAGUACGAGUGGCGGCAGCAGCUGAGGAUCAUGGAGGACCUGGACAAAGUCCUGAAGCAGAAAACGACCAACCACCCGGGUCGGACGGCCACAAAGAAAACCCGCUCACGGCCUCGCAGCAUGACCCGGGAGGAAACUAAGCUGUCUCUGAGUCCAGCCAAAGGGGCUGCUGGUUCUCAGCUGACGAAGGUCUACUCACACUCCUCACUAAACCUUGCAGCCACAGAUGAGCCUGGAAACAACGGCGACUCCACGAAGAAAGCCCAGAGCCGCGUCGAUUCGCCUUCACGAUGUGUGACGCCAGGCAGAGCCAUAAAUCAGAACGGAGACAGAGACUGGGAGUCUGGCUCCAAUGGGACCUCGCCUGCCCCAGAAUACACAGGUCCAAAACUCUUUAAAGAGCCAAGCUUGAAGUCCAAUAAGUUCAUUAUUCACAACGCUUUGUCGCGCUGCUGCCUGGCCGGGAAGGUGAACGAGUCACAAAAAAACAAGAUAGUCGAGGAAAUGGAGAAGAGCUCCGCCAACCACUUCCUCAUCCUCUUCCGCGACUCCAACUGUCAGUUCAGGGGCGUUUACACCAUGAGCCCCGACAGCCAGGAGCUGGUGCGGCUGGCGGGCGUGGGGCCGCGCUCCGUCAGCUCCGGCCAGGUGGAGUCCAUCUUCAAAUACAGCUCCGACAGGAAGCAGUUCAGCUCCAUCCCGUCCAAAACCAUGGGGAUGAGCGUCGACGCCUUCACCAUCCCCAGCCAGCUGUGGCAGGGCGGCGGCGGCGGUGGAGGCGCAGGGGCCAGCGGCAGCAGGAGGGCCAGCGUCACUAAGAAGGUGGCCGUCUCCAAGUGAGGACGGCUCUGCUUCGGUUAUUUCAGCGAAAAAAGCUAUUCUGAUACACAACAAGAGUUAUUUAUGUGAACGCAGACGGAUCCUCGUGGGUUAGAUUUUUUUUUUUUUUUAAGUACAAAGAAAACAAUAAACUGCUAUCUCUGUACGUCUUUAAAAAUGUCCACUGUGCAACUAUAGCAGAACAGCAGCAUAUUCUAAAAGAGGAAAUGGGGCAUUUCAGUUUAUACCCAUUAAUUGUUUGAAGUUCAAACUUGAGCUUUUCUGUUGAAAGAAAAUCCGACACUUUUUGAUUUGCACAUAAAAAAAAACAACUUUUGGAUAGUUCCUGUUUCUCUUGGCCUCAGAAAAUGCCUUUCAAGACAGAUCGACUGACUGAACUUUUUUAUUUAUUUUUUUUAAAUUUAUUUUUACUUUGAUGUUAACUCUCCCAGUCCCUGUUGCCAUGUGGAUGAAAGCACAUUAAAUAGCCAUAAACAAGCGACGCCGAGAUGAAGUUUGAGGACGUUGUUCGGAUGUUAUUUAUUUCUAUCGGUUUUCACAACUGCAGCAUGAAUGGUUCUUUACUCUAUGUGGUGAAAUGAUAUGACAAUGUACGCUUGUGAUUUAAUGAAAUUGACCUCGUGCGAGCAUUCGAUGCUGAUUUUAAAAAACUGCUUUUGUACAGCGAACUUUCAGCGUAACAACGACUGAUGUGCGAGAGGAACCUGGACUGUCGAGCUCUCAGGUGGAGAUGAGUGCUGAUGGCCGACAAAUAAACACAAACUUGGAUCUGA